AUGUCUUAUCAGCAACCUUACGGACAGGGUCCGCCACAGGGCUAUAAUCAAUAUCCCCCUGCAGGACAGUACCCGCCGCCGCAGGGACAGUAUGGCCAACACCAACAAUAUCCACAAUAUCCCCCGCAGGGUCCAGGCCCCUACCAGCAAGGUCCAGGUUCUCAUCAGCCGCCUCAACAGCACGGUUCAUACCCACCUCCAAUGGCCGGUCAUCAUCCUCAGCAGACACAGGCACCAUACCCUCCACAGCAGCAACACCCACCACAGGGUGCCUCUCCAUAUCCACCUCCCAUGAGUGGCCAACAUCCUCAGCAACCUGGUCCCUAUUCUUCAUACCCACCAUCACAGCAGGGCAUGGGAUAUCCGCACCAGGGCCCUCCAUCCCAGCAGGGCUACCCACAAGGGCAUCCUGCUCAGCAGGGCUAUCCGAAUCCGCCACAACAGCAAUACCAAUCCUUCCCACCGGGUCCUCCAGGCCAACAACCACCACCAAUGAUGGCACCCCCAGGAGCAGGCGGGCCUUACCCCAGCUAUAACCCCCAACAAGGCCCAAUGCCCUCCCGUCCCUCCCCCGGCUAUGAUCCUACUUUCCUUGCCCCAGGCACAGCAUCCAACGAAGCCGAGGUUCUCCGCAAAGCCAUGAAGGGGUUCGGCACGGACGAGAAAGCGCUGAUUCGCGUCCUGACUAGCACCACAGACCCGAACCGGAUGGCUCUUAUCCGCCACACGUACGAGAGGAUGCACAACAGAUCUCUAACAAAGGACCUGAAGUCCGAGACCUCGGGAUCUUUCGAGACGAUCCUCGUUUCGCUUGCCACGGGCCCAUUGGAAUCGGAUAUUACGUACCUCCACGACGCGAUGAGUGGGCUAGGCACAAACGAAACGGGAUUAAACGAUGUUCUUCUGGGGCGGAGUAACGCCGACCUGGCUGCUAUCCAGCGCGCCUACCGCGACAAAUACCACAAGUCGCUUCUCGACGACAUCAAGGGAGAGUUGAGCGGCAAGACGGAGCGGUUCUUCGAGAUGCUACUCAACGCGAGACGACCUGAACGGGGAACUCCCUUCGAUCCCCGCGGUGUCGAGACUGACGUCCGAGAACUGCAUCGUGUGACCGCUGGAAAAGUGGGAACAGACGAGGUCGCUGUUUUCGGUAUCUUCAUGAACUCGUCGGAUGAGAGGUUGAAUGUGCUGGCUGGGGAGUUUGAGAGAAUGUAUCAUGUUUCUCUGGAGAAGGUCAUCCGGGGUGAGUUUUCGGGGCAUUUGGAGGAUGCGCUGGUUACGAUGCUGCGGGUAGCGAGGGAUCCGGUCUCCUUCCAUGGUGCAACUUUGAAGGAGUGUUUCUCUGGGUCCGAUGGGGUCAAUGAGAAGAGGCUGAUUUAUUGGACUGUCAGGUUGCAUUGGAAUCCGGAGUAUUUCGCGAGGGUGAAGGGAACAAUGGGAGGGAAUUUGCGCGCGUUGGUGAAGAAUUAUGUUUCGGGCGGGGAUUUUGAAGAUGCAAUGAUGGCCGUUUGCUCUCAUUGA